AAAUCUGUGCAGCUGCUGUUCUGUAAAUGACUGGGAGCACCUCUGAAUGCACACAGCGCCGGCGGAUAUGCCUCGUCCCGAUAGUGGUAGAGCAUGAGUGUACACUUCCAGACUAGAUCUCUGAGUCUGCAAAAUGCCUUUGUUGGCUUAACGAAGACGGCAUUGUCAGACGACUUCGUCGAUGGUGCUUUGUUCGCACCUCUAUUGUAUUCAUGGGAGAGGCUCGGACCCCCGCCUGACGUGGUUGACGAGAGCAGCGCUACCAGUUCGGUAUGAUCAUUUUGUCGACGAGCUUCGGAAAGUUCCUUCUAUUGCGAAGGGUGCUGGAAUCAUGUGUUCGCUGUGUGAUCAUGUAAGGCGCACUUGAGCGAAGAAACUGCAUUUGUUGGGCCUAAUCUCAGUCCGCUGCGUCGAAGACUGCCUG